AUGCUGCGCCCCACCACCGCUCUCCUUCUUGCCCUCUCCGUGGCCGUCUUCCUCGUCGCCUUGGCCGCUGCAGACAAAGAUGAUGACCAUGAGCCUAUCUGGCGCAAGUUCCUCGACUGGAUGAUGACCCACAACAAGUCCUAUGUCAACCCGGAGUUGGCCCACCAGUGGAACGUGUGGCGUGAGAACUACCACUUCAUUGAGGAGCACAACCACCAGAACCACACCUACAGCCUGGGCAUGAAUCAGUUUGGCGACCUCACCUUCAAUGACUACAAGGCACUCUACACCAUCACAAUGCCGCCGUUCAACACUUCCAACUACGACGUCCACAAUGCCACCUCCUCUGGCCUCGCCUGUUGGAACGUUGACUGGAGGAACCAGAAGUGUGUACAGAGAGUCAAGAAUCAGGAUGGAAGUUCACUGUUGGGUUAUGUGUUCUCCGCCAUUGGCGCCCUUGAAACUGCCCACUGUCUCAAGCACGGUCAGCUCCUCGACCUGUCUGAGCAGCAUCUCGUAGACUGUGGCGGCCGGGGCUGCAGUGGCGGUUGGAUGCAUGAGAUGUUCGCCUACCUCCAAAAGAAUGGGGGCGCUACGUCCCAGACCGAGUAUCCCUACACAGUGAGAGUCGGUAUCUGUCAGGCUGCGAGCAAAAGGAAGGUUGCGCAGGUUGCGUCGCACAAGAUGAUACCGAACCGACCCACCCAUGCUGUGCUGCUUGUUGGCUAUGGUAAUGAGGGUGGCAAGGACUACUGGCUCCUCAAGAACUCGUGGGGCACAAGUUGGGGCGAAGCCGGCUACUUCAAGUUGCACCUCGAAUGUGCUGCACGUAAUCACGAGUGA